GCCGCGCCCCGGGGGGAAGGCGGAACCGCGGGGCGCCCGGAGCCCCGGCUCAGCCCUUCGCUUUCCAGCCGCGUGCCCCUCCCUGCCGCCCAGAGCCUCCGCGGCGAUGGGGGCGCUGCUGGCGCUCUGCCUCCUCGUGGGCUGGCUGCGCGGGGGUCCGGCGGACGCCCAGCGGUCCGGAGAGUACUGCCACGGCUGGGUGGACGUGCAGGGCAACUACCACGAGGGCUUCCAGUGCCCGGAGGACUUCGACACGCUGGACGCGACCAUCUGCUGCGGCUCCUGCGCGCUGCGCUACUGCUGCGCCGCGGCCGACGCCAGGCUGGAGCAGGGCGGCUGCACCAAUGACCGUGGCGAGCUGGAGCACCCCGGCAUCACGGCGCAGCCUGUCUACGUUCCCUUCCUGAUCGUUGGCUCCAUCUUCAUCGCCUUCAUCAUUCUGGGCUCUUUAGUGGCUGUUUAUUGCUGCACCUGCUUGAGACCCAAGGAGCCCUCGCAGCAGCCAAUCCGCUUCUCGCUCCGCACCUAUCAGACGGAGACCCUGCCCAUGAUCCUGACCUCCACGAACCUCAGGGCACCUUCCAGGCAGUCCAGCACGGCCACCAGCUCCAGCUCCACAGGGGGCUCCAUCCGAAGGUUCUCCUUUGCCAGGGCAGAGCCAGGCUGCCUGGUGCCCUCACCACCCCCACCUUAUACCACAGGCCACCCGAUCCACCUGACCCAACCGUCCGGUUUCCUGGUGUCACCCCAGUACUUUGCUUACCCACUCCAGCAGGAGCCGCCACUGCCUGGGAAGAGCUGUCCAGACUUCAGUUCCAGUUGACAGGCCAUGGCUACAGAUCCACCGUGUAGUGCAAUGGCAGACCCACGGACGCUGCUGCCACGGCCACCAGGAUUUCUGAGGAAAUUUCCCUUGAACCCAGCAAUGUCAUGGAGGAAAGCGCAAGGAAAAUACAGCACCUUCUAAUCUUGAGGUUCCUGGCUCCAGUCGCAGAAUGGCUGUUAGAGAAUUGCUUUCUGGCUUUGAAAACAUGGUGACUAUUACAUUUCAAUUUAUGUUACUUUUAUUCAAAAUAGGCAGCAGUCCGACUUUAAGGUUACAAAUUGGCUGAAGAUGUUUUAUUGGACAACUCAGCUAUCCUGCUUAGAAAAGGCCUACGUGUUCUUUUUUCAUUAUAAGUUGUUUAGUGAGUGAUAAUACAAAUAUAUAUAUAAAUAAACAAAGAAAUAUACCUGAUUGUAAUUAUUGAAGGUUCGCUUAAAAAUUAAGUGCUAAGUAAACUGAGGGGACAGUGAACAACCUAUUUAUAAUUUGGGGAGCAACUUAACCGUGAAUAAUAUUAGCAUCAUGAGAACAGUUACUUUUAAAAUUAAUAGCUACAUUUUGUUUAAAAUAUAAGAGCGUCUUGGGAAUACAAGAUUUCAAUAACCACGAGAAGUUUAACAUUUUAAAUAUUUACUUAGAUAUUCAUUGAAACAGAGAUCUUAUGUAAAAGCAUUUCCCCCACCCACCCGAGGGAGUAUUUAUUGCCGACUUUUUGUUCAGCAACAUUUAGUGUUUAAAUGAAAGUUGGACAGUUGGUUCUUAAAACAUUUAUUUGUAAAAUGACUUAUGUACAAAUGUAAAGAUUUGUAAUUUAAUGUAUUUACCACAUUGACUGUACUAAUUAGGAGUCGCACUGUAAUUUUUUAUGUUAAUAGUAAGUGUGGAGUUCAAAGUCCAGCUUUGGCUAUAAUCAUCUAAUAUUAUGUAUCUUCAGUGCCACUGAAUUCCAUGUCUGAUGACUGAAUAUUUGGGCAUAUAUCCUGCUGGAUUAGAAUAAAUAAAAUCUUUUAUGUUUUCGUGAAAUCUCUUUGAAAGUUUAGAUCAAAGUGCUUCAUUUUAUCGUCUUAACGAUACUCUUUGCUAGUCAAUAAAAGGAAAUGUCUUUGCUUAACACUUCAUAAUUUGAAAUGAGAAAAAUCCUACACUGAUUUUGAAUUAUGUUAGAAAGCUAUUUUCUGCAGCGGGACUUCUGAAAGCAGCCAAGGAAGUGAAUUUUUAUGGAGAUAUCAAGCCUGUGGGCUUCAGCCCUCGGGUGUGUUAUUUGCAUAGAUUUAAAAAUUGGGACAUUUCUCAUAAGAAUCUGAUUUUUGGCUUCUCGUGGCAGGAAAAGGAUGUGACACCAAGGGUCCUGCUCUGCCAGGGUUUCAGGAGG